GCUUGUCGACGAGCUUGUUCGCAGUCACUUCGGAGUAGUUGACAUCGUAGUACCUACAAAAGCGAUUUGCGAUUUGCCGCCUACGCAACGCGCCAUACUAUUCGGGAGGUGAAAAACUCAGAAAGGAUGUUUGCCCCAGGUCGACGGAAAUGUUUAUUUGGUGGAUUACUGAUUUUGGUGACUGUCCUCGGAAUCGUGACGAUUUUCGAUUUUGACAGCAGGGAGCCUUACACUUUUUCGGGGGUGAUUCGUUCAAAUAUUCUAUCUCGAAGGACGACUACGCUUGACUAUCCCAUCUAUGGCCAAGAGCAUCCAACAACGGAGAGUUUUUCCUAUCGGUCUGAAACCCUUGAUCCAAGGCUGCCAACUCCGCCGGGUGAUUUGGGGGCAGCUGUUACUUUAGGGGUUACCGAUGCUCAAGUGGCCGCCCUCGUGAAAGCAGGAUACGAUGCCCAGGGACUUAAUCAAUUCUUGUCAGACAUGAUGUCCGUUAACAGGAGGCUACCAGAGACACGAGACAAAUGGUGUAAAGAGCCGGGGAGAUUUCUUCCCCACCUUCCGGAAACUUCCAUCGUAAUAGUGUUCUACAACGAGGCCUGGUCGGUUUUGGUGCGGACAAUCCACUCGAUUCUGAACCGCACCCCUCCCUAUCUCAUCAAAGAAAUCGUGUUGGUGGAUGAUUACUCGUUUAUGCCGAAUUUGAAAACUCAACUGGAUGAAUACCUGCGGCCACAUCCGAAGGUGCGGAUUCUGAGGGCUACCGAGAGGCAGGGACUGAUCAGGGCGAGGUUGCUUGGGGCCAAGAAUACCACUGCGCAGCUAAUCACUUUUCUGGAUGCACACGUGGAAGUCACCGUGGGUUGGUUAGAGGCCCUCGUCGAUCAGGUUGCGCGCAACUGGAGAACGAUCGCCAUUCCCACGAUCGAUUGGAUCGAUGAGCACGAUAUGCAUCUUCGUUCGGAAAACGCACCCAGCUAUUUCGGUGCCUACGAUUGGGAUCUGAACUUUGGCUGGUGGGGUCGCUGGUCCCGGAAAAACCAACCUGCCAACAAGCUGGAACCGUUUGAUACUCCUGCUAUGGCCGGAGGAUUGUUCACCAUCAACAGGACGUUCUUCGAGGUGCUCGGGUGGUACGAUGAGGGUUUCGAGAUUUACGGGAUAGAGAAUAUUGAACUGUCGAUGAAGAGUUGGAUUUGUGGAGGGAAAAUGGUGACGGUUCCUUGUUCGAGGGUAGCUCACAUCCAGAAAACUGGUCACCCUUAUUUGAGUCACACCACGAAGGAUGUCGUUCGGGGCAACUCGCUGAGAUUGGCUGAAGUUUGGAUGGAUGAGUACAAGCAGGUGAUCUUCGAUAUCUAUGGACUGCCGAGAUAUCCGGUUGAGGAAUUGGGAGAUGUUUCUCGUCGCAAGGAAAUCAGGAGAAAGGCCGACUGUAAGACGUUUCGAUCUUACAUAGAAACUGCCUUCCCGGAGAUGAAAAAUCCUCUGGUUUUAGGAGCAUUCCGCGGAGAGAUGAAAAACAAAGCUCUCGGAAACAACACCUGCCUGGAAUAUCUAACUGAGACGAACAGUCUCGCAAUGAAGCCCUGCGAUCACAAAGAGGAGGGACAGUUUUGGGCCCAUAACUACUACCAGGAGCUGAACAACCGGAAGCAUUGUAUCGAUUACACUGGAAUUGGUGACCUGCCGGAUGUGUUCGGUUGCCAUCGGACGAAGGGCAAUCAGGCGUGGAGGUUUCUUCCGAAGAAUAAUCAAAUUUACAGUAUUAAACACGAGAAAUGUUUGGCGGUGGAUAUGAAUGCCUACCAGGCCAGAUUGGAGAAAACGCUAGUUAUGGAAAAGUGUGUAGCCGGUAAGGAAUCUCAGCAAUGGAUGGUUGAGUUUGUGAAACUCGAUGUUUCCAUAUUUAGUCCCAACUGAUAAACAAGCCAAAAUCAUAGUCAAACCGUCCACAGUGAACAAGUACUGAACUUUAGCUUAGGGUGAAUAAAAUUAAUCUGUAGUUAAAGGAA